GACUCAUUUAUGCAACACAUCGUUAUGUGAGACUGAGCUUUAGUUUUAUUUAAAUUCACAAACACAUGAUUUGUGUUGAAAUGCUGAUAUGAACCGUAUAUUAUAACAUUCAUAUAAGUGUUAUCGAAUAAUAGUAUUAAUGACACAAUCGCAUUAAGGGUGAUAUAAACGGUAUAAAUACAAGAUCAAGCAUAAAUUUUACAUACCGGUGGUAACCAUUAUAUCGGUAAUCAUUUUGUGAUUUGUCGCGGUAUAAAUCACUGGAAAUAUCAAGCACAAACAGAUAUAGAGACUUUGCGAACAUAGCUCAGUUGCAUAGGUAGCGGUGGAGCCCCAGCAUGUGUUUACACGGCAUGAGUUAUCUGCCCAUCCUACUGGUGGUGCUAUCGACAGCUACAUUCAUCAGUACUUACAUAAUCGCUAUAUACAAAGACGACGUGUCUGCUGACUUUCCCUACAUAAGUGACACCGGAACAAAACCUCCAGAGAGCUGCAUUUUUGGACAGUUUUUGAAUAUAAGUGCAGCCAUAUGUUUGUGCACCGUUUAUGUGCGGUAUAAGCUGGUAGAGUCUCUGUCCACCACGGACGACCAGAUGCUGCGAUGUCUGAACAAGUGGGGCUUGGCGCUUGGCAUUAUAACGUCACUUGGUCUAAGCAUUGUUGCAAAUUUUCAGGAAACCCUCGUGGAGCCCGUGCAUAUCGCGGGGGCGGGGCUUGUGUUCGGGGUGGGCGUGGUCUACGCCGCCCUCCAGACGAGGCUAACCUACUACAUGCACCCGGACUACAACGGCCUCUAUAUCGCCAGAAUCAGACUGACACUGACAUUGGUUUCACUGGUCGUCAUGGUGUUAACAUUUAUAUGUGCUGCCAUCUCGCGCAGGAUUCCACCGAAAGACAAACUUCAUUGGAAACCAGAUGAACCGGGGUACGUGGAACAUAUUGUGAGCACUGUCGGAGAAUGGAUAACAGCCAUAACGUUCCUUCUCUACUUUCUGACCUUUGUUCGAGACUUCACGAAAAUCAAGAUAGAGGUCAAGUCCUUUGUCGCCGUCCGCCAUCUUGACGACCCUGUGUACCCCAAUGAACAAACCAGACUGAUAGCUUGAGGAGGCGCCGUAUUUUUAGAAGGUUUUGUCAUGUAGACUGAUUUCGUUUUGCCAUGACGUUUCUUAAAGAUAUGUUUAAGGGUCCCAUAUGGUUCUAUAUGGUUCUAUAUAUAUAAACAAUAUAUGGUUAUGAAACCCGUGCUAUCUGUUUUAGUAUGUUACUGUUUGGCAUGUUGAUACGCAUCUUUGUGUUAUUAGUAUAACAUGUCAUUAACAACAAUCAUUUUGUACAAAUUUGUUUUAUCUUUGCGGUUUUUGUUAUAUAAAGAUCAGUUAACUAGUCAUUGAUUUGUGGAAUGUUGAUUGUGUCGACGUGUAGAGAUAUACUGACGUAGUUAUUGUAAAUCGUUUAAAGAUUUAAAACUUGUUUUGUUUGUGUUAAGUUCCUUUAUCUGCUUUCGUCGUUGUUUGAUUGUGUUGUUAAUAUGUAUAUUUUAGUGAUCCAAACUGUUUCUUGCUUUAUAUUAUUACAGGAACAUGUUCAUUUUGAAAUAAAUUGAGUCUCGCUCUGUGAAAAUGGAGUUUAAAGCAUGUGCGUAAAGUGUCGUCUCAGAUUAGCCUGUGAAGUCCGCACAGGCUAAUCAGGGACGACACUUCGCUUUUAUGAUAUUUUCUGUUUGAAGAAAAUCUCUUCUUAGCAAAAAUCUAAUUUAGGCGGAAAGUUUCGUUCCUGAUUAAUCUGGGACGACACUUUACGCACAUGCAUUAUGCCCAGUUUUCUCAGAACGCGACUCAUUUCAUAGACGCUUAUUCUCUAUGUGCAUCAUGAUAAAUGAAAAAGAUAUCAGAAUAUA